AUGACUUCGUUGAAAUCGUUUAUCAAAGCGAUACGCGCAGCUAAGACCAUUGCUGAUGAGAGAGCCGUGAUCCAAAAAGAAUCGGCUGCUAUCCGAACGUCGUUUCGCGAGGAUUACUCUGACAAUAAAGUCCGUCGUCAGAAUGUCGCCAAACUGCUAUAUUUGUUUACGCUUGGUGAGCGAACUCACUUUGGCCAAGUUGAAUGUUUGAAAUUGUUAGCGACAUCUAAAUUUUCCGAUAAGCGACUGGGUUAUCUGGGUACAAUGCUAUUAUUAGACGAGAAUCAGGAGGUAUUGACAUUGGUGACAAAUUCCCUGUCAAAUGAUUUGUCUCAUCCUAAUCAAUACGUUGUGGCUCUUGCAUUGUGUACUCUGGCAAAUAUUGCAUCCACUGAAAUGGGUCGUGAUUUGUUUGCUGAUAUUGAAAAGAUCCUAUCAAGUUCAAACCCGUAUCUCAAGAAAAAGGCCGCUCUAUGUGCUAUGAGAAUCACUCGACGAGUACCAGAAUUAGAGGAGGUAUUUGUUGACAAGGCCAAGUUAUUAGUCAAUGACAAGAACCACGGUGUUUUGUUGUGUGGUAUCUCACUGAUUCAUGAUUUGUGUGAUAAUAACCCAGAAACAAUGGUUCCUCAGUUCCGUCCUCUAGUACCUAAACUUAUCAAAAACCUCAAGGUUCUGUCCACAUCAGGCUAUGCUCCGGAGCACGAUGUAGCUGGUGUUAGUGAUCCAUUCUUACAAGUGAAAAUUAUACGAUUAUUGGGUCUUCUAGGUGCGGGUGAUGCACAGGCUUCUGAGCAAAUGAGUGAUAUUUUGGCACAAAUCGCCUCUAACACAGACUCAUCUAAAAAUGUUGGCAAUGCUGUAUUGUAUGAAACUGUUCUGACUAUCUUUGGCAUCGAGGCUGAUUCUGGUUUGAGAGUCUUGGGUGUCAAUAUUCUCGGUAAAUUCUUGUCGACGCGAGACAAUAAUACGCGAUAUGUUGCAUUGAAUACCCUGUUGAAAGUUAUUGAUAUCGAACCAACUGCUGUUCAGCGUCACAGAGCUACUAUCAUUGAAUGUCUACAGGAUGUCGAUAUUUCUAUUCGUCGAAGAGCUCUUGAACUUUCGUUUGCUCUUAUCAAUGACCAGAACACGCGUGUGCUUAUUCGUGAAUUACUAGCAUUUCUUGAGACAGCUGAUAGCGAGUUCAAGACAAACAUCAUCUCCCAAAUUGCACUUGCGGCCGAGAAAUAUGCCCCUAAUAGCAGAUGGCACAUUGAUACCAUUCUCCGUGCUCUUAAACUUGCCGGUGCUUACGCCAAGGAAAAUGUUCUUUCAUCAUUCAUUACUCUUGUUAUCAGCUCAGGCGAGGAACUGCAGCUUUAUACUGUGCAGAAGCUUUACUCUGCUCUAAAGAAGGAUAUUUCGCAAGAGGGUCUAACUCUUGUGGGUGUGUGGCUUAUUGGAGAAUAUGCCAAUAACCUUUUAAAGGGAGGUAGUUAUGAAGAAGAAGAGCUUGUACAACAAGUUACCGAAGAGGAUAUUGUCCAGCUGUUUGAAAAUAUUAUCAAUUCUCUCUAUGCUACUGAGGUAGUCAGAGAAUAUGUCGUCAAUGCUUUAAUGAAGCUUACAGUGCGAUUCUCGUCCGCAGCUCAAAUCGAGCGUAUCAGACUUAUCCUUCAAGCAAAUGCAUCCUCAUUGAACGUUGAAGUUCAACAAAGAGUCGCUGAAUACAAUGUGCUAUUCGGUUAUGAUUCUGUUCGUCGUGGUGUGCUGGAAAAAAUGCCUCCACCCGAAAUUCGUGAGGAUCUUAGUAAACAAGCCGAGAAAGCCAAGGCUCAUAAAAAGACUGCUCGAAUCCCUGCCAGCCAUGGAUCCACAACUGCAAGUGCUCCUUCAGAUGUCGACCUAUUACUGGAUCUUACUGGUGACAGUCCUUCCAAUGGCACAACUGCUACCAAUUCCGCUGCUACCACUGAUUUGUUAUCUGACAUUUUUGGUAGCUCUGGUAACGCAUCAGCCGCUGCAAACACUGGUUCGGCUAACACAGGCUCUGCUGCAGACCUUCUGUCAGGUCUUGGUGGUAGCUCAGGUCCUACUAGUGCUACUCCACCAGCGGCGAAAUCGGCAAAUCAAAAUAUUCUUGAUCUCUUUGGUUCUGGCCCAUCGCCAUCACCAGGUACUCCACCUGCUACAGCAACUACAGCCUCAGAUCUAAUGAACCACGUCCCAGCUGAUGCAUAUGAGGCAUAUAACAAUAACAGUCUCCGUCUCAGCUUCCAACCUCGCAAAGAAACACCUGGAUCAGUAACCAUUACUGCCACAUUCCAGAACACAGGUUCAUCACCUAUCAGUGACCUUGUUCUUCAAGUCGCUGUUCCUAAAAGUCAGAAGUUACAACUUCAAGCACUGUCAUCUUCGACCGUGACACCUGGUCAAACUGCCAGACAACUCAUGAAGGUGUCAGGUGCACCUAACACCAAUGUCAGACUUCGUCUCCGUAUCGCCUACUCCGUUAAUGGUGGUGAGGUAAAGGAACAAGUCGACUUUAACAAAUUCCCUCCUGCUCUACUUUAG